AUGACAGUGAAGGAACGCGCGGCGGUUGCCGCAAACCUUCGGCGACUAGCGCUAUUCUCGUCGGCUGUUGCUACGACAACAGUCAUCGUUGCGGUGCUGAUCAUACCAAUGCUGGUUAGUGCCGCAGUAUGGGCACAAGUCGACUCGGAACGUCUAUUCGAUCCGUGCUACUCAUCCACCGCCACCACUUUGCAGUUAUUGGAUGAGAUGAACGUUCCCUUACUGUCAAGGCAAAAGCGCGGAGCUUACGUCUAUCCGCCGACUAGAGGAGUAACCGAACCGAUCAACUCAGGGUGGAAUCCAGCGCCUCCCGUUGGUUGUGUGAUGCAGUUGGGUCCACCUGGACCACCCGGGUUACCGGGACUCGACGGAUUCGAUGGACGAGAUGGAAUUCCUGGAAAGCCGGGAUUCCCAGGAAGAAAUGGGAUACCCGAGAGUGAGAGAGAGCCGUGUUGGAUAUGUCAGAAAGCAGAACCUGGCCCUGUUGGAGCAGUAGGUCCGCAAGGACGUAGAGGAGCGCAAGGAGAACCUGGUAGAAACGGAUAUUCUCCACUACCUGUUCCCGGUCCACCAGGAGACGAAGGCCCACAAGGCUUCGCUGGUCUCGUCGGCAUUCCUGGUCCCCCUGGACUUGAUGGCUUACACGACGAAGUGGUCCGCAUCGGAGGUCCCGGCCAACCAGGACCACCGGGACCGCCAGGCCUCUCCGGACCACCAGGUUACCAAGGUGCUCCAGGGUCACCAGGACCACCCAGCUUCUUGCCUGGUGAUCCAGGUGCAACUGGGCCUCCAGGACGUCCAGGCCAACCAGGCAGAAAAGGACCACGUGGACCGCCAGGCAAGGGUCCUAUCUGUGACCAUUGCCCCGUGCCACAACUAGAAUCCGGAUAUACUGCACCAAAAAUUAAUCCUACUGGAUCCCUCCUGCCUGCAGUUCCUGCUAUACCUACCGUACCUGGUGGAAAUCUGGUACAAGUGGCUCCGUCGUUCAGAACGCUGGAGGAACGACUAAAAAACAAGAAUCUCCUGCAAAGAUUUAAGAACUGA